AUGGGAAUGGCAAAUGCAUAUUCUAUGAUCAACCAAGAAUUGCAAAACUCAGUUUCAGAAAAGGAAUACUUGGAGAAAACCAAUCAAGAGUUCAAGGGAAAGGGACGAGACGCCACAAACCUCGUGGUUAUAUGUGAUGAUACAAUCUUAGUUGGUGUCAAUACCAGGGUUACAUGUGGUCAAAGAAAAGGGUUUAUACUCGAUGAAAAAGCAAAGAAAUUAUUUACAAUCAGUGACAAUAUACUUGCAGUCAUUGCGGGAGAUAAUAAUCAAUGCACUGAAAUGUUAACUUAUGUGAAGGAAAGGAUGAAAUAUCCAGUGGAAAUACAUAGGGAACCAUAUGCAGGCAUCCGUCUUGCAGCAAUAGAAGCCUGGAGAUAUUGCAAUUUUGUAACGAAAUUUGAUGGGCGUGCUCUUAUAGUUGGAUGGGAGAAAAAAGAUGAGAGCUAUCAUCCUCUUACAUAUCUCGUUAGUACAUCUGAACUUAUCGAAAAAUCCACUCCUUACGAAGCACUUGUGAAUGGAUCCGGUGGUCAAUAUGCUUAUUUUUAUUAUGAGGUUUACAAGAAAGGCAACAAUAGAGAAGAAAUUUUCGAACUUAUGAAAAGGGCUUUAUUAUUUGCAGCCAUUUUUGAUGAAAAUAGCGGUGGUAUUAUACGUGUGGUUGAGUUGAAACCAUUAGGCCAUUAUGAGUUAUAUCACCAACCGGUUCUAAAUGUGCUUUUUUAUCAUUACAAUGAUUUCGCUACUCCUCUUUCCAAUUCGUUGUUCUCUCUCUGGUACAACAGUGAUUACGAAUAUACUCAUGAGCUUAAUGAGAGAGUGCACGAUGUAUUCACAAGAAAAUUUUCAGGAUAUAGUCACACUGUUGUCGUAGGAGCAAAUAGAAAUUUUAUUGUGCGACUCGUACAUUUUAACUGCGAUGUUGGUAAACUAUAUGGGGAUCUGGAAUGGUAUCAUAAACAUUUGGCUACACAACUUCGACCGCGACAUCUUGAUGACCUUACUGUGCACAGUGAAGUUCGAGCUCUACCGUGGAUUGUAUUUGAGGAAUUUGGUGCGUCUCAUAUUUUGUUUGGUAUACCAGGAUGGAAGUUGGUAGAAGUUUUAUGCAACGUGUAG